CACAACCCGGGAAAUGUCGGAGAUUCGCAAACUGAUCGGUUACUGCCCGCAAACAAACUCGCUUCGCGGAGACUUAACAGUGUGGGACACUGCGGUCCUGUUCGCGCAUUUGCGAUUCCGCGACUUGCAGCAAUGGGCGUGUGAUCAAAAUGACACUUUCACGAGGACGGAUCCAGUGGCGUUUUUUAGGUCAUCGUCUAUUUCCCCAAGUAGCACCACCUGUAGAACUUGGAGGAUGAAAAAUGCUAUCGAGCACGAAGUUGAGAAGAAGCUCCAAGAGUUAGAUCUGGCUGAUGUGCGUGAGCGCCGGUUUAAAACACUCUCGGGUGGAACGCAGCGUCGUGUGAUGCUCUUACUCGCACUACUUUUUGAGCCACCGCUGGUUUUACUUGAUGAACCAACUGCGGGUGUGGAUCCACUGGGAAGGCAAGUGGUGUGGCGGGUCUUGCGCGCUAUCUCUCAUAAUCGAAGUAGUUCGACGAAUGCGAACUCUUACGAUCCUCAGAACCGUCAAAGUAGUCAGUUCGUUUUGACAUCGCAUGCGAUGGAGGAGGUCGAAGCACUUUGUGACAAGGUGGCGCUACAACAUGCAGGUGAGCUUCGAGCGAUCGGCACCGUGUCGGAAAUGCGGAGCCAGUACAAACUCGGUUACGAGAUACGAGUGAAGUUUCGAGACGACUACAAGUGCGAAGACCAGGACGUCGAAGAUCAUAGUAAAACUCCUUGCACGUCCACGUGGACGAAGCUCGAGCAGAGAGUUCUACGUGAACAUGAUAUCUUCUUCGCCUCCACAUUUUUCCAGGGAUUCGACGAUGGUAGUGCUAAACAGUCCGCUUUGCACAAGAAGCUCGUGCGGACAAAGUCUUUGUCUCCAAAAACAAGCUAUGGCGGGAAAAAUCCCGACUCGGAUCCGGAGGAAGGUUUAUACCGCGAGGCGAAACCACUACUGUCGGAGAAGAAGAAUCUUCGUAAUGCCGAAAGCCGGGAGCAGGACUCCAAGUACUCUGCGACCACCUCUAGUACAGAUUCCUCGUCGUCGUCAAGCUCGACGAUAGAAGACUCCUCGGAAAGAGAACAAAGCGCAGGUCGCAAUAAUGCGAACAAUGAUUCUUCAUCAGCAACCGAGCCAGACGACGUCGGCGAGGAUCUACACCGUUCUGCAAUUCUUUUUCCGUUCGCGAUUUUUUCCUGGGUCCUUGCGCCUGCCUUCGAUGAUUUGGGAGUAUCCAAACACGGGAGAGAAGUUGACACCUACUCUAAGAAAACGAACUAUAGAUCUACUGCAGACCAGGAAGUGGCUCGGAGGUUGUCUUUGAAGCGGCGCAAUAGUGCAGCUAAAACACGCGUUCAAUCUAGCGAGGACGAUUGUCUAGAGGACGAAAUCGUUCGUGUAGCUCUGAAGGACGACCGAAAAAUAUCGUUUAAGAACAAAAGAAUUGUCGACGAUUUGUGCCAAAGCUCUAGUUGGCUGCGGGCUUUCACGCUCUGCUGCCGGCGACGAAGGGCGGAAAAAUCAAAGUCGUCAGCAGGUGGGAGCGAACCGGAGCUAUUCUCUUCGCCUCGACUUCUUCCGCUGCAUACUAACGCUUAUGUUGAUCGCCACAGUCCAGGCAUCGGGGAUGCAAAUAGUGUCGGUUGCGGGGUCGCAUCUUUGAGGCAGUGUCUUGCCAUGCCAGAUGGCAAGAAAUCCCUAGAAAACUUUUUGGAAGAGGCCGGAUUGCUUUCUGAGUUUUGCGCAGAACUUGCACAGCGUGUAAACCACCAGCGUCGCUGCGAGUUGGUUCUUGCGUUUGUCAGAAAUGCCCUCCAGCUGCAGGAUGGUUCCGGAGGCUCAUAUACGGUUGUCCCACUUUCGAACGCGGGUAACAAUUUUUCAUUCACGGUUUCGAGAAAGGAUGGCUUUCGCCUGUGCGAUGUUCGUCGAAUGAUGGAGGCCCUCGCGGAGUUGAAGAAUGUAGAUAGUAGAGGCCCCCAAUUUCUAGUAGAUGAGGUCAGCUUUUGCAAAAUCGGGCUGGACGUGGUGUUUCAGAAGUUGGAGCAACAUUGAGAGUCAAGAUUUUUGGAUUUCAUUUUACUUGAGUGGUUGCAUAACAGUCGUUUUCUACAGAGUGCUUGUGUGCCUGGUAAUCCGCACGUGGAAGCAAUACCAUGGACGCGAACUCGUAGUGUCUGUCUCACUGACUGUUGCAGUUUUUUGUCGGCCCUUGUCCCUCAGCAUGGCGAAAGUACCUCCCUUGACUGAGCCUAAGAAUAUGUUGCGUGACGCCAAUACCAACACACUCAUUUUGUCAUUCUCUUGUCGCCUGCUUAGCGUGAAC